CACAACCCACGUCAGAGGGGGUCACCCACCCACCCCUGGGCCUGCGACCUAGACGCUCGCCCUGCCAUCCUCGCGCCUGACUUCGGGCUGCCCCGUGUACCCUCUUCCACGCCAGGCUGGGCCCCAUGCUGCUCUGGACAGUUGCUCUGCUCUUCGUUCCCUGUGUUGGGAAAACUGUCUGGCUGAGCCUCCAAGCCCAGCCAUACCUCGUGUUUGAGGGGGAUAUACUGAUUCUGCGAUGCCGGGGAAGGAAGAACGCAGAGCUGUCCCAGGUGACAUUCUACAGAGAUGGAAAAUUCCUCCAUUUCUCUAAGAACAACUGGCCUCUCUUCCUGGGGACAGCAACAGCUAACAGCAGUGGCCACUACAACUGCACUGGGCGGGUGAAAUAUCCCCGAAACAUGGACUCAUGGGAUUCAGGGACUGCCACGGUUCAAGUCCAAGUGCGGUUCCCGCCUCCCGUGCUGACGGCCCUCCCCUCUCACGAGCUCUGUGAGGGGAAACCUGUGACUCUGAGAUGCCAGACGAAGCCGCACAGUCAGACGCCAGCCCGGCGGCUGCUCUUUUCCUUCCACAAGGACGGCCGCACCCUGCAGAACAGGAGCCCCCGCCCGGAACUCCGCAUCCCAGCAGCCAAGGAGGGAGACUCUGGACUUUACUGGUGCAAGGCGUCCCCUCAGGGUGGUGGGGUCCAGAAACGGAGCCCUCAGCUGGAGCUCAGGGUGUGGACUCCCGUGUCCCGUCCUCUGCUCACCCUGAGACCCACCAGCCUAGUUGUGGGGGACGAGGUGGAACUCCUCUGUGAGGCCCAGAGGGGCUCCCCUCCGAUCCUGUACUCAUUCCACCUCAAUGGGGACAUCCUGAGGAACCACGUGGCUCCCCACGGGGGACCCGCCUCCUGCCUCUUCCGGGUGAUGUCACAGCAGGAUGCUGGGAACUACUCCUGCGAGGCCGGGAACCAUGUUUCCAGAGAGACAAGUGAGCCCGAGACACUCUCUGUGGAUGAUCCUCAGGUCUUAUCUGACCCCACCAGUAGGAACUGGCUGGUUCCUGGGCUGCUUGCAAGCCUGCUUGCCAUGAUGGUCAUUGCUGCUGCAUUUCUGGGGUAUUUCAGACCCUGGAGGAAAAACGGGCCCCUUCCACCCCGGAAUUCACCCUCAGCCCCAGUUGAAGAGCAGCACCCGCUGUAUGUCAACAGUAAGGACUUGCAUCCGGACCAGCGUCUGUCCACAAAGGCAGAGAAGGGCCUCUCCAGGGGAGUCGGGAGAAAGACGGCUUAUGCGCCUGAGUCUCGGGAAUCAGUCAUUUGGAGAAGAAAGCAGGAGGCUUCCGGGGAGAGCUUGAGGAGCAAGGUGUAUCGCCAGAAUGAAACCAGUGAAGGAGUUAUCUACUCUGAGAUUUAUAAAAUCACAAGGGAGCAUGAAGCCAGGCCUGCCCAGCCAGCCCAGCAGGACAAGGACGUUUCCGUCAUCUAUGCUGAGGUGAGAUGCCCGCAGCGCAGCGAGGGUCCAGGCAAGGGGCCAAAUAGAAGAAGCAGGACCCACUGAGGUCCUACCAGUGACUGCAAGGAGCCCCUCUGCUAGCAACGCCAUCCCCCACCCCCAACACCCACACCUCCGCAGCCCCCAGUGCGCCCCCGGAGGCCAGGGAACCCCAGCCUCUUCUGUGUCUUCCAGUUCCCCAACCUAGCAGCAAGCACCCCCGUUUGUGGAGCACAUGAGAAAACUCCUUUUUCCCUUAGUGUUCAAAAGGAUACACGGUUGUAGAUCUACUUGUUAAUAAAGGGGUAUCAGUUCGUUUCA